AUGACUUCAGAUUGGUCGUUUACCCAAGGAGGUCCUCAAGAAGACCCGAGCAACGAGUUUAAGGUUGGACAACAAUUUGGGAGCAAGAAAGAAGUCAUGUUGGCAGUUAAGCAAUACAGCAUCAGGAGGGCUGUGGAGUACAAAAUAGUAGAGAGUGACCAUUUAAGGUACAAUGCAAGAUGUAUUCAGUUCGGACCCGGUUGUAAUUGGAACAUACUUAUAUCAUAUCGUCGAAAGCAAGAAAGGUGGGAGGUUAGGAGAUACAAUGGUCCUCAUACUUGCAUGCAAACUUCGAUGGGGCAAGAUCAUCGUAGGUUGGAUUCAAAAGUUAUUGCACAACACAUUUUUACAAUGGUCAAGGCCGAUCCAACAAUCAGCACAAGGGUUCUACAAGGAGGUGUGGAGAAUCAUUUUGGUUACAAGGCGUCGUACAGAAAGCUAGUGACACAGCCGUGGCAUACUUCGACCGAUAUUGUGAUGUUUCAUCGGGUCUUUUGGAUGUUUCCACCGUGUGUUGAGGCCUUCAAAAAUUGCAAGCCACUUAUCUCUAUUGAUGGCACCCACCUAUAUGGUAAAUACGGUAGAACUUUGCUGAUGACCAUAGCGCAAGACAGGAAUGCAAACAUUCUACCCAUUGCAUUCACAGUUGUUGAAGGUGAGACAAAGGAAGUGUGGUCGUUCUUUCUUUCGUACUUACGAGAGCAUGUUACACCACAACCAGGGGUGUUAGUGAUUUCAGACAGACACAAGACCAUUGAUGGAGCACUGAAUGCCAAAGGGAGUUUAAGAAAACCGCCUCAUGCAUUCCAAGCAUUUUGUACAAGACACAUUGCAGCCAACUUCAUGACCCACUUUAGGAACAAAGAUUUGAAGAAGGUUCUUAUUAAUGCAGCGUACUCGGGAUCCUGCCUCCCACGGCCUCCGCCGCGUCUGCCUCUCCCCCUGCCUCGCCCCCGUCCCCUACCUCUCCCUCCUCCGGCAGCUGGCCUGAGCUCCGGCAGGUGA